AUGAAGGUGCUGCUCAUGUGCAUGGCAAGUUGCCUCCUGGUGGUGAGUAGCAGAGACAUCAUCAAUCGCUGUGUCUUGGCCAAGAUACUGCAUCAGGAGGACGUGGAUGGGUUCGAGGGCUACUCCCUGCCCGACUGGCUGUGCUUGGCUUUUGUGGAAAGCAACUUCAACAUAUCAAAGGUGAACGAGAAUGCAGACGGCAGCUUCGACUACGGCAUCUUCCAGAUCAAUAGCCAUUACUGGUGCAAUGACUACCAGAGUCACUCCGAGAACUUCUGCCACAUGAACUGUCACGAACUAUUAGAUCCCAACCUCCUUUCAUCCAUCCACUGUGUCAAGAAGAUUGUGUCUGCAGCAGGAGGGAUGAAAAACUGGGUAGAAUGGAGAUUGCACUGUUCAGGCCGGCCACUCUCACACUGGCUUAUGGGAUGCCAUCUGUGA